UGGCAGUAGUAGUAACCCCGUUCAUAUGUUUCUGGCGUAAAAAGAAGCGCACAGCGCGCCGUUUUUUGGCUUGUCAACUGAAACCACGCAACAAUUUUCACUCGUAAUAUUCUUGAUAAAUAUAAUUAUUUUCCUAAUGUUUCAUUUAAAAGAAUAUAUCGAUCGAUGCGCCGUGCAAAGUGACAAAUAAUACCGUGGGUGUGAUAUUGUAAAUCGGACUAUUUAUCGUUUUCCCACCGAAGUGACCCGCGAACUCCUAACAUGCCUCUGUUGAAAAGGAAAGCCUUUGAGAAAUCUACGGCGUCUGAGUACCUUCGCGACGACGACGAGGUGUUUCACUGCGAGCUAACCGACGAGAUAUUCAAGGACUAUGAGGAAUACUGUGAGAGGAUCAUUUUGGUUAACUCCAUGGUGUGGACAUGUGAGAUGACAGGGAAGAACAAUUUGACAUAUGCUGAAGCGCUGGAAAGUGAGAAGGCAGCGAGGAGGUUGUUGAAGGACUUUCCUAUGGAGCUCCGUAUACCAAUUCUGUACUUAGCUGUGCAGACAAACCGGUGUUCCUUUGCAGAGAUGUCGGAGGACAUAUUCAACUUUGUGAGGGAGAGGUACUUUGUUGGGGAAACUGUUGAGGCCUGCUUGGAGGGAGAUUUGUGGCGGGAAGCUCAUGUGCUCUCCGUCACGGCCCAAAAGCAGCAGCCAGGCAGCAAAGCGACGCUUCCAGCAACAGCAUACGCCUACGAGGUUGAGCAGUUCGACGAAUCUGAAGAGGGCAGCACCGGACAGAUCGGCACCGCGCCGCACGACCGCGUGCGCCGGCGCAAGGGCAUCUAUACACGCGACAAGAACCGCCUGUUCCUCAAGCAGUUCGUGCAGCAACAGACUGGCGGCGUCAUCGGGAUCAAGAAAGCAGCCCUGGACAAGUAUAACAUAUCCAAGGUACACUUCGAGCAGAUCUUCACCGGUUCUCCGCCCGAGUUCCCGUCGUCCAAGAAGCUGAUGAAGACCAACGGCUCGCCGCCUGCCUCCAAGAGCCAAGCCAAGCCGGGGUCUGCGUCUAAGCUGAACAAGUCCGCAAAGAAACCCAGUCCGGACAAGAAGGGUAGACAGGAGUCUAUGGACAAGUUCGUAAAGAAGUCCGACAAAUCUGAAGUAAAAGCCAAACCACCAAGCGACCCAGCCGCCAAGAAGAGCGCUCAAGAGCUGGCAGAGAAGAUGCGCCGCGCCGAAGACCAGAUGCGCCAGCGCAAGGAGGAGGAGAAAGCCAAGAAAAAGGAAAAGACGGCGCGGCUGCAGGCCUACCUCAAGGAGUGGCAGAAGGUGAAAGAUGACCUCGAGCUCGAGGAUCAUAAGCCGCUCCCAAAAGGCACACCAGUGGAGAUCGAAGGCAUACCACAAAAGCACAUAGGGGAUUUCCUCUCGGUGCUAUCAUUCGUCCACACAUACUCCGACGUGCUGAAGACCAAGGACACGUUUCACUCGUCGCUGGAGCUGGAUACUUUCAGGAAAGCGCUAACCCAGAAAGAACACGCGGGCGUGUUCAGCGACCUGGUUCAGAUGCUUCUCACCACUAUCUUCGGCCUGCAGGAGGACGAGGCCGAGGAAUACAACGAGCAGCAACGCAUACAGGAGUCCACCGAGGUAAAAGAGAUGAACGACGAGAUUGGCACUCACCAAGCGAUCGAGCUGGCCACCAAAGCUAGCAAGUGGUCGCAGACCUACCUCGCCACGCCUCUCAGCAAGCUGCCGCUAGACCCUACGACCGUCAGCGAGGUUUUGAGAUUACAUCUGCUAUCGUCGGGAGCAGCGCCCGGCAACCGCUGCGCAACAUGGCGCUACCACCAGCGCGGCGGCUACAGCAGCGUCGACGACCCCGGGCUCAGGCUGCGCGUGCAGCACCCGCGGCUCUUGCGGGCUCUCGCCGCCGCGCACGUAGCUGACUUACAGUUAGAGGACAAGUUCGUGGUCCUACAAUGCCUGAUGAACCAAAUCCUGAGCUACGCCACCGUCCGAGACAUCAUUGAAGAAAAACUUGAGGAACUCAAAAACACUAAACAUGCGCUGAGGACUCUCACGAUCAAUGAACGUAAGCGCGAAGUGCAAGUCGUAGCCGAGCGCCAAGAAAUAAGAAAAAAAGCGGUCGCCACGAAGGAGGAACAGAAACUCUCUGGUGAAAAGGCCAAAGCCGUGGACGAAAACGCCAAGCUCGCUAUCGAGAAACUGAACAAGGAUAACGAAAAUAAAAAGCUGGAAUAUCAGAAGAAGGUCAAAGAGCUGCAGCUGGAGAUAUUCGAGUCCGUGACUUAUAUGGGUUCGGACCGCGCCUUCCGUCGGUACUGGAUCAACCAGCGCGUGGCUGGUCUAUUCGUAGAAGCCGGAGCAGAACCGCGCGGGCCCUGCCGCGACAAGCCGGUCCCGCCGGCGCCGCCGCGGACUGACGACACGCUCAGCUACGUCACCAAGCUGUUCGAGACUGAACGAGCGAGCAGCGACAAAGAGAACGACUCGGGCGCCAACUCGCGCGGCAACUCGCCCAAGAAGCCGCUGACUAGUCUCAACGGGCUGCAUAAGGCGGCGGUCGAGCCCAGCACGCAGCAGCUGAGGGAACUCCUCGUAUGCAGCGGAGACAUCGCCACUUGCUCUGUGCAUGGAAAGAGCGACCGACCUAGCUGGCAGGUGUACCAUACUGAAGACCAGAUCGAGGCGCUGAUCCAGGCUCUCAAUAAAAGAGGACUACGUGAAGGCGAGCUACGGACCGCAUUGCAGCACCAGCGGGCGUUAGUAGUGGCCCGAGCUACGCCCUGCCCACUACAUUUGCUCAGUCCCGCCGCUACGCCCCCUCCCCCAGUGCACCAAACGCGGCACAAGAAACUGCAGUUAUCGCUCACGGUGCCUCCCGACUGCUCGUUGAGCGAGGCCUUGGAACUGUCGCUCAGGGAUCACAUCCUUGAGUUGGAGGAGAAGAUAUUCCAUGGAUGUCUUGGGACUUUGAAAGUUAAGGAUCGGGAGGCGUGGCGUGGCACCCUCAUGCUGCGAGGGUACGACAAGCAAGCCGAAUACCUAACUUGGGGGCCAAAGCAACAGUACCGAGACGACUACCACUUACCCAAUGGAGUCCUUAACAUUCCCAGUGAUAACGACAACGUUGAAAAUCCCAUUCCUGAGAAUAAGUACCGCGACCCAGGUCACUACUUAGAAGCUCCUAAAGCCAACGGAGUGAAGCUAGAAGGCGCUAGUGUGACGCGAGCACUUGCAUCCGCCUUACUGCAAGUUGAACAGGCCAUACACCACAAGUACAUCAAGAGGCCGCUGGGCCUCGACGACAAAGACCGCAAAGACCGGGAAGCCCGCAACAAGCCCUUAGACCUGGAAGCUCUCGAACGCUGGGAGGUAUCCCUCAUGGAGUGCCGGAGCUUCGCCCAGAUCGUGCUGCACCUCUUCACGCUGGAUUCCAGUGUGUCCUGGGGCGCUAGCAUCCUUAAUGCCAGUUGUAGACUGUGCAGAAGGAAGACGGAUCCAGACAAUAUGCUGCUCUGUGACGGAUGCAAUAAGGGACACCAUCUCUACUGCUUGAAGCCUAAACUCACGAAAGUACCUGAAGGCGAUUGGUUCUGCGAGCAGUGCAAGCCCAAAGAACGGACGCCGAGAAAGAGAAGGAAGUUAUUCUCAGACGAGGAGAUGGAACAAGUUCUAGAUAGUAGCAGCGACAGCGAAGGCCUGAGCCUGGACGGCGGCGUGUGCCUGCAGUGCGGCAGCGGGGGCCACCUGGGGGUCACGUGCCACGCGUGCGGCGCGCGCUACCACCCCGAGUGCGCGCGCCCGCCGCCCUCGCGCGCCGCCAAGCGCUGGACCUGCCGCGCCUGCCUGCCGCCGCCGCACAAGCCCGGCGGACGAGCGUGCGCGGCGACGGCCAUAGACAACAUCCACGCCUACACGCGCGCGCUGCACAAGCGGAAUUACUCUGACGAAUCAGACGACAGUGAAGACAACACAGCGCUAGUGAAACUAAAGACGCGAAAAUCUCGGAACAGCAAAGAGACCUCGCCAGUACAUAACGGCUCCACAAAGAAAGGACGCAAAUCCAAAGACGAACACCACUCGAGUACAAGUAAAAAAACAAAGUCGACACUAACUAAUGGACAUGCGGAGCGCAGCACAGGCAAGAAGAGGAGCAGCAGGUCCGAGGUGCUGCUGCACAGCGAGGCGCUGGAGCAGCUGCUCAAGGAGGCCAUGAAGCACAAGGACGUGUGGCCGUUCUUCGAGCCCGUCUCCACGGAGGAG